GUACUUACGCGUCAGGGUGGCAGGGCCUGUCAAUCAACAUGUUAAAUACACGACUUGACCUGCUCUCCGUCCUCGCCGGUCUUCCCUCACUCUUUUUCUUUCCACCAUCAUCUCCCCCUCAUUACUGCGAGCAUGAAGUACUCGUACUCGCCGUCGGCAGGCUUCUCGAGUACGCCGGUCCAUACUCGCGCGAUAUCGUUGAAUGUAGCACCGCCAACGAGCCAGUAUGCUAGCCCAACGGCCCAGUCUCCUUCUCCUCUAUCGCCUCCGUCUUCAUCUUCAAGCUCGUUUUAUGGCAACUUCGCCGGUUCCCAAUCACAACCAACACCUCCCCCAUCAUAUGCUCCACAAUUGCCUCCUCGAUCGCCAGAACACGACCGGAAAACGUCGACUGGCUACAUUCCCGUUAGCUAUGAUUCCUAUGGCGGCGGCGUUACACCUGAACAGUUUUACGGAAGCCUGAUCGACACGAGUGGGCGUCCGACAGCGAUCUUUUCUCGCGUUGCGGAUGCAUUCUUUUUCUGGUUGGACCAGUCUUGCGACAUUCACGGUCUGCGCGGCACUGGUAUGAUCGAGCCUGCCAAGUACGGCUGGAUGAUGGGCAAGUUGGGCUCAACACCUGAAGCACCAUACAUGCUCUCUUUCUACACCACGACUGGAAUUCCAUUCCGCUACAUCCAGACGCCCCAGGGGCAGGUUCCCGUCGUCGACCGGCGCGGUUGGCUGCACAUGGUCGUCUUCGAGGCGAAGGCGACUCCGCAGGAGUCGUACCAACACUGGGCGAAGAGCCUCACACUCCAAUCGGCGCGCAACUCGCGCGACUACCUGCCUUCAAAGGCCUCCUUAUGA